GGCUGUCGCUUCUUCCAGGAAGCCUUCCCUGACCUUCCUCAAAGUAAGGGACCUCCUCUGGGAUCCAAGGCUGACAUCAACCUCCAGCAAGGCUGUGAGACCUUCGAAGGCGGGGUCUGUAUCUUAUGGGUCCUCAGAGCCCUGGACGGGGUCUGGUCCAGGGGGAUUCUUUUAACAAGUCCCUUUACAAUUUAUGGAGUCUGUACUAUACGUUGAGCCCUGUAUGUGGCGCGGCAGCUUUAUCAGUGAAUGAGAUGCAGGCCCUGCCCUACUGGAGUCCACAGUUUGGGGAGCUAGAAAGGUAACAACAAUAGCGGUAAGUGUUAUUGAGGAUUCAGAAAUGAUGGUGUGUCUUUGAAUUAGGGAUGGAUGGAGGGGUAACCGGUGGCCUUAUUUGCAGGGACAGGUAGUUAGGGAAGGACACCGAGGAGGUGACAUUUGAGCCAAGGCCAGAAGGCCAAGAAAGUCCCCAUAUGUGAAGAUUUGGGGAGGCCAUUCCCCCAUCGUCCCCCGUUGGUAAAGAAACCUUUGCCAGUGCAAAGGUCCUGAGGCCAGAGAUUAGCCUACUUAAUUGGAAGAAGAGACCAUCUUUGACAGUCUCCACUUGGAUCUCAAACUCACCACCUCAGUCCCUCUCCUCCUAACUCUGAUCUCCCUGAAGUCUUCCACACCUCAACAAAGAGCCCUCAACUCAGCAAAGGAGCGCUCCACACACCUGAUGUCCAGCAAGGUGGCCAUUGGCAGCGACAUCAGGCAGGCCCGCCGGGCCGUGGAGCAGCUGCGGGUGGAGGCGGGCAUCGACCGCAUGAAGGUGUCCAAGGCGGCCGGCGACCUGCUGCAGUUCUGCGCGGAGCAGGCCAAGAGCGACCCCUUCCUUGUGGGCAUCCCGGCUGCCACCAACCCCUUCAAGGAGAAGAAGCCCUGUGCCAUCUUAUAACCCACGGCCCCGACCGCCCAGGAGGCCUCAAUAAAAAGGAAGUGAAUGAUC